AUGCGGGAGAAUUCGGAGAUAGCAUCCUUGACCAACCACCUCGGAAUCGUGUCAAAGGAAAAUACGAAGCACCAUAAAUCUCUUCAGGACGUUCUGGAGCAAUUCAAGCGCCUCCUGGACGACUACAGCUCCCUCAAAAGUGAUUAUGAAGAGGUGAAGGAAGGCCGUGAGAAAUACAAGAGACAAGCUCGUGGUCAGGAUCGCAACCCGUUCGUGCUGGUGCUCGUUGAUGGUGAUGGAUAUCUCUUCCGAGAACAUUUUAUCAAAGCCGGUGCCGAAGGUGGCAUUGAAGCAGCUCGUGAGCUGAGCGACUCCGUCAGGGAGCUCAUGGACUCCACACUGGGCAUGCAGGCUGAUCAGUGCCUAUGUGCUUCUGAAGCUCGAUCUCUGGCACCUUUCAUCUCGGCUUUCAACCGAGCUCAAGAUCUCUUUGAUUUUGUCGAUGCUGCUGAAAGGAAAGAGGGCAGCGAUUUUAAAAUCAGAGAGAUGUUCCGACUUUUUGCGGAUUCCAAUCAGUGCCGACAUAUCUACUUUGCGGGCUGUCACGAUUCUGGAUUUGGCUCUCUGUUGACCCCAUAUAGAGGUAGAGGGGAUCGCAUCACCCUCAUCAGGGCCGCUUCAUUUCACGGGGACUUCGAAGAGCUGGGUCUACCGAUCAGAGAGCUGCCGUCUGUGUUCAAGUCUACACCUGUUGCUAGCACCAAACCAAUUGCCACCGCCAAUACCAAGAUGGCUUCUACCAUAACCAUAAAUGGCAGCAACAAGCCGAUCUGUAGACAUUACCAAAGGGGUAUCUGCAAGUACGGUAGUUCUUGCAUCAAGCAGCACGUUAUGCCGGGUCAAAUUUUAUCCGCUAAGCCCGCGGAUGAGUCGCCGAAACAGUUGUGGUCUACUCCGUGGUCUACUCCAACUAUCGAAGGCCGCUCAAUGGAGUUUCUUUCCAAUCACCUGCCGCCAAUGAGCCUCAAAGCCAAGAAAUAUAUCGCCAUCAAUAAGGAUAACGAACGUCUCGACACUUAUUGUCCUUGUCCGUCUGCGGAUGUUUUGGAUGAAUUCCACCGCCGUGCUAGAGAGCACAAGAUUUGCAACAGUUAUCACCUCUCGGGGGAGUGUGACGACCUAAGCUGCCAUUACGAUCACAGUACAGUCACUGAAGCUAUGGUCGAUGUACUCAGAUACAUCCUCCGUUUGCACCCUUGCCCUCGAGCCGGGGCUUGCCGGUCCAUCAAAUGUUAUAUGGGGCAUCUAUGUCAAAAGCCUAACUGUAUACCCGUCAAGCGCUGGCCCUGUCGCUUUAAUCACCGUGGCCAUAUGCUUGAUCUUCAAGUCGCUCAGUGGGUUGCGCCGGUUUAA